AACACACAAAACAUGUGACAACAGAGAGGUAUGUCAGGUUAAGCGACCGUAUGACGCAGCGUUUUUACAGCAACAGCUGGAGUUAAGCUAUAUCCGGUAACAGGUGUAUUUCAGAAUUUAGCUGUCACUUUUAUCAAUACGAACAGGAUAGAAUAGGCUUGGAGUAUCAAGGCUAAUAAGCAAGAUGAAUGUAAGAAGAGUCGUUAAAACCGUCCUCAGUGUGGAGCAGGCUGAGGGUGUAGGCGCUCGUGUGCGCAGGAGUGUCGGGAGAAAGGAUCUUAAGAAUUUAGACCCCUUUCUGAUGUUAGAUGAAUUCCGUGUAAGCAAACCUGCCGGUUUUCCCGAUCAUCCACACAGAGGAUUCGAAACCGUCACUUAUCUCCUGAACGGCACUUCAGCGCAUGAGGACUUCUGUGGCCACUAUGGGAAACUGGAGGCAGGUGACCUCCAGUGGAUGACCGCUGGGCGAGGGGUGGUCCAUGCCGAGAUGCCCAUAUCCGAAGAGCCCAUCCACGGCCUUCAACUCUGGGUGAAUCUAAAGAGGGACCACAAGAUGGUGGAGCCGCAGUACCAGGAGUUGAAAGCAUGUGACAUUCUCAGGCCCAGCAGAGAUGGCGUCACAGUGGCCGUCAUCUCAGGGGAGGCUCUGGGAGCGAAGUCCAAGGUCUACACGCGCACGCCCACCAUCUAUCUUGAUUUCAAGCUAAAGCAAGGCGCGCAGCAUGUGCAGCCAAUACCCACAGGAUGGACAGCCUUUAUCUACACCCUCGCAGGGUCAGUGUGUGUUGGUCCAACUGUAGACCAGCGGCGAAUAGACCCCCAUCACACAGCGGUACUUGAAGAUGGAGAUUUCAUUCAAGUAGAGAAUAAGGCAACAGAGGACUCCCAUUUUAUACUGAUUGCUGGAGAACCCAUCCAUGAACCAGUGGUUCAACAUGGUCCGUUCGUCAUGAACACUGAGGAGGAGAUCACACAAGCUAUCAGAGACUAUCAAACGAAAACCAACGGAUUUGAGAAGGCAAAGGCCUGGCAAUCAAAAAUUGCUCAGUAAUUGCUUUAUUCCCUGCAAUGAGCACUCUAAAACGUCUGUGUAACCCUGCUGUGGGAUUUUAAAGUGUGUGUAUACUGCUGUCAUCUCUCAAGCAUUAAAAUAUUUAUCAGAA